AACACGGCUUGUAAACAAACCGAAGCGUGCCAAGUAUUAUAGUAGGAGGAGUUGCGCAGCGAGCGUCAUUCCGCGCCCGACCGCCGACCGCGUCGCACGCGCCAUGCUCGACUACGCGCGCCCGUACGACCCCGCCAUGUGCGACCUGUACCUCGCGCCCGCCGCGCCCCCCGCGCCCGCGCGCCUCGACGACUUCAAAGUCUUCAACAAGGGCCCCGCCUCCUACAUCUACGGGAACUACUACACCAACCCUCCGUACGACGGAUACGCAGAAGAAGACACUUCCACAAACGUUUACCACAAUCUCGUCAGCACCCGCGAGUACCCGCGCGAUGAGUGGAAAUACAAAUUCGUCGUCGACUGGAACGAGGACGACACAAUAUCCUGGAUCAUCGACACCGCUAUAGCUAUGGGCUUCAGUGAAUAUGACAUACCAUGGUACAACUUCAAAAUCCUCGGACACGAGCUCCGAAUUAUUAAAAAGGAUGAGAUGAUGCAGAGACUCGCACAUCCGAGCGUCGAUCCCAAUAUCACAGCCAGAAUCACCAGUGGAUUGUUUGAUAAACUACAGAGCCGUAUCAACGAGGAAUUGCUCAGACAGUCAUCAGUGCUAAGGUAUGCAGAGAGUGAUCCCUACCAGCACCAGGAGCCUGCGCAUACGAUGUUGGACUUGGAUUUGGAUCACAAGAGUCGAAUGUACGCAUCAGAUUACAAGCCAAACAACAGUAGUUUGCUAGCGGCGUGCGAUUCCAGUGAUGACGCGGAAGACGUAUACCGUAACUCGGAGACUGCGUCCCCUGAAUGUUCCUACGGCAGUGAUGUGAGCAAAUCCGGAGAUGAGGAUGAUAAGAGGAAGCAAUUUAAACGGCCGCCGGGCCGGCCGAAAGGGAGUGGAAGGAAAAUCUGCAAGCGUCCAAGAAGCGUAUCAGUCCCAGAGUUCCUCAGAAACCUCCUCUUCGACCCGAAAUACUGCCCGUCGAUAAUCAAAUGGGAGGACCACGCCAACGGAAAGUUCAGGUUCGUGAAGCCCGAUGAAGUAGCAAAACUCUGGGGCAAGAUGAAACAAAACGACGGCAUGACCUUCGAGAAGUUCAGCCGCGCCAUGCGGUACCAUUACCGGCAAUCGGUCCUGGUGUCGGUCCCAACCGCCCGCCUGGUGUACCAGUUCGGACCUAAAGGCCCGGACUUCAAAACGGAUAACCCAAAUUUUAUCAAAGUGAAGUCGGAGCUGGACAGUUACGAGAUGUACUCCUAGUUUAAGUAGUUAGGAUGUAGUGACGCUAGUUUAGUGUGAUAGGUUAUGAGGCUCGAACAAGCUUGACGCGAUAGUUGACUCCAAUUAAAAUAAAUUAAUAAGAAUUUAUUAGUAUUUUGUUUGUGUGUAAGUUAUUUAUAUGGUUUCAAACUUCAGUCAUACUGUAUAGAGCAAAAAAGAUCUUAAAACAAAUGCAAAGGCAGAUGCUGAAAUUGUUUACUAAAUAAUAUAUAUUCCGAUUAAAGGUUAAAUCGAUUUGAAUACACAAUAUUUUAAAUUGCCAACAUUUUAAUGUGGGAAAUUACACUAAACAAAUUAACUUAGUGAUUCACAUAUAGUAAACAUCCCUAUAAUGGAACAGGCACCAGUAAUGGGAUGGUAUAGACAAAUCCUCUAAAACAAAUAUUUACCAUCAGUUUUUAAUUGCUAGCAACAUUUUACCAUAAACAAGAGCUAAAGAGCUGCUUAAGUUUAAUUUUUCUUUGAUAUUUGUUAGUUUGAAAAUGAAUGGCGCAAUACAUCCCAUGACUGGAGCAAAAAACCACAGUUUUAAUUUGUUAGUAAUAUUGAAACCAAUAGCAGUAGCUUUCAUUGAAUACAAGAAAACAAAGGACGAAUUGGACAUUCAACUUUUAAAGCGUAAAGCGGUAGAAAUUUUACAGGUGUCGGUGAAAUAUCAAAGAUACUCCAAAUUUUCUCUUAAAUAUCCCAUGAUUGGUGCCGCUAACAUAGCCCAUUAUAGUUGCCACAUAGUUGUCACCUUUGUUCAUAAUUUCUAGCCAUAGUAAUGACAACUAUAGUUGCUGUCAUCCACGAUGACGCGCAAAUUUGUCAAAUCUAACUUUUAAUAACAUGAUACAAGUCAAGGCACGCGUUUUCGUGAAUGACAUGAUCUAUAAGUGACCUUAUACGGUCAAAUACCUACGUAUGCUUUAAAUCUAACUAUAAUUAAAUUUAGUCCGCCUUAAUUGGUGGUAGAACUGUGCACGUUUCAAAUUUGUUGAGUAUACUUGCUGUGGCGAAGCGACUCGAAGUGGAUCUUGGCCUCCGACAUCAAAGACCGCCUUGUUUUUCUGUCCAAAGCCAAACACUGUCCGUUUCUGUCCAGUCGAUGGCACCGAGUACGCUAAUGUCGUUUUGCGCUUCCUUUGUUGGUGGUUUUUGGUUUGGUUGAGUAUACAAUGUUACAAUACCAAAUAAGUGUUAGGUGUUCACAAGUUAAAUUCAUAUUUUGUGCUAUGGAAAGCUUGUGGCGACUGUGACCAGUUCCGUCCGCAUGACACAAUCUCAAAUCAAAUUGAUUUCGUAUUUAUUAAGAUGAAUUCAAUAACACUUGUACAAAGUGGAGUCUUCUAUCGUGUUAGGUGUUGAGGAGUGGAAGCCCGCUAGAUAGGUGUUUCAGAAUGUUUUGGGUGUGUUAGGGACAGUUUCCCGUUUCGGUUUCAGGCCAGUAUGCGACACAACCUGUCAACUCGUCCCAAUUUUACUUCGAGAUUUGUGAGGCCUGUUGAGUCAUUUUAUUUAAGUUGUAAACUACACUUUUCUUUAAAUUUGAGGUUUUUUUAUGCUAUGUCUACUCAGAAUCACGAACUCUUUCGAACCUAAUAGAAGAAAAAAAGUGUACCAAAUCUUUCCAUUACGUUACCGACCAUCAUACAAACUUUGUAUUACAAAGUCUUUAUAAAAUGGUAACGAAAAAUCUGGAAAUAAAAACCUUGGCACACUUUUGUUCUUCUAUUAAAAUUUCUUAGUAGAAAUAAGAUAAAUAUUCACAAAUCAAAAAAAAGUAUAGUUUACAACUUUUAAAAAAUGACCCAGUUAUGGGCCGGCCCGGUUGUGGACACCCUGGAGUGUGGUUUGACCCGUCAAUUACUAGAACGCCCGACUUGUUAAAUGUCCAUAAUUAAUUUUUAAUCGUAAUGAAGUAUUUUUACGAACAGUUUUUAUUGAGCUUCGGACUCGAAGGUUGUUCAGAACGAAUUUUUGAUAAAGUAUUUUUGAUGUUUUGAUUGUUGUUAGCAUUUUAUGAUAGAGAUAAGCGCAGUUGAACAAGGAGCAUUCCAAUCUUAUUUAUACGUAAGAAUAGGUUACAAUGUAAGUCCGUUUCCAAUUUCAGUUCAAGUUGCCAUAAUUAGUUGUUAAGAAAUGAAUGUACUUAAUUUUAUGUUUCAUCUAUUUUAUAGUUGUUUUGCAUGUCGAUUAGACUAGAAUUGAAGAUAAAGGAAGGACGCUUAGCAGGAGGAAUUCUGUACAUUAACUCGCCCAUUACUAUACCUAUCGCACGCGCGUAAUUAUACUAAUUAUAAUAAAUUAAUGAAAACCUUCAUUUCUGGCAAUUAGAGGCCCAUAGAUAAUAAAUACCUGAAACCUAACAUACUAUGUUAUAACUGUCAGGGUUACGGCAGAGCAGCGCAAGGGGUCCGGCGUUUAGAUUGCAUAGAAAUAAUAAAUCACAAAGUAAAUAAAUACAUUAUUUAUAAUAUGCAAGGAAAUCAGUACACAUGUCAGGCAAUGAAAAAUAGUAAGUAAAAAUAGAACACGUCAAUGUCAUAGUAUAAUAUAGGUAAAGCGGCCAGCAACAAAUCUUGCUUUUGAUAUGAACCUCAAUAAUAACAAUAUAUUUUAAAACUAAACACUACAAAUCACAUUUUUGAAAGUGAUGCAUUACGCAACCCCGCAGUGUCAGCCUCGGAACUGCUGAAACUUGACACCCUUCUACCAAAACCCGAUAAUAUGCUGUCCUGCUCAUGAUGCCGCUGAUCAAUGGCGCUGUGCGAGCGGAAUGUGCCUGCGUUAGAGUUGGGAACCGGCGGGUCAGUGUACCAAAUUCCUUGUGCUAAGCGUCCUUUCUUUAGCAUGUUAAUUUCAAUCGUUGUUAAGCUUCUUCUCAGUGUUAGGUAAGGUAUUGAAAUUAUUUGUAAUUGAGAAUCGCCGUUGUGCAAUAAGGAAAUUAUGACAAGUAUAAAAGAUCUGCUAGCCAAAGAUUAGUUUUGACAAAUUACUUAAUGUGUUUAAGGUUAACAAUAAAGUAUAUUUUUUUGACACUUUUUAACAUUUUUUAGAGUUAGGUUUGCGACUCUCAGGCGAUUGCUGUGAUGUAAAAUAAAAAAGAAUAAUUUCUUUGUAAAUAGUCUCUUUUCAUUUAAUGUCUCUUGUGGGUGUCCCUUAUUUUACGAUUUUGACGCAUACCCCCUAUCGGUUUAUUUUAUCCCAAAACACUCUGAAAAUAAAUUUCAGGAUAUUCCUGUAACUGUAACCCGUACCGACUUUCACACGAUUCUUCCAUACCAUGUAUGAAAAUGACCAAAACUUUUUUUUUUAAUGUAUCAACCUUGUAUAAUCCUGCCAUAUUAACAUUAUUUAACAAAAAAAUCUCGAUGCGAACAUAACACCAAUGAAAAUAUCUAAAAUUACUGUUUGACCAAAUUUCUCCAUAGUAAUGUGUAUGGGGAUAUCAGUUGCUAGACGGCACGGGUUGUCCUGAUUUUUAUCUGGGUGUUUUGGGGUAGUAUCAUGUUAUUUAAGAGGUAUGCGUUCUUAAUUUAAAAAUUACAAAUUAAGGGACACCCUAGUCUCUUGAUACCACACUCUUGUUUGUUAACUCCUUCAGAUUUUCAUUUAUCUAACAAAAUAAAUUAUUUCAUUAGAGUUAAGUCUUGAAUUUAUUGAUGAAAUGACUGUAAAAUUACAACUAACAGUACAAAGCUGUGUCUUUUCGAAAAGUUGUAUGUAUGUAUACUUAUCGUGCGAUGUCACAAACCUAGAUCGAAUUAUAUACGAAUAAAAAACCUAGUUUAAUAAAUCAAGUGUCAAAAAGAAUUGAAUAGACGUAUUCAUUGUCUAAUGUUGAUUAAAAUAACCUUAUAGGUGUUAUUAAAAUUACAUAUUGAUUUACUCAUAUUUGAGAAACUAGUUAUAUGUAAUUCCGUUUUUCUUGAACGAUUUUGCAGUUUCUAUAUUAAUUCUUAAAUUAAUUAUACAACGAUUAAAGCCAAUUAGAUAACAUGGAAAGAAAUAUUUUAAUUUAAAACAAGGGUACUGUAAUAUAUUAUAAUAUAUAUAUACUUAGAUUUUUUCAAUUAAAUGUCAAAUUAAAGUAUUGAAUACCAAUUGACGUCAGUUAUCAGUUAUUGCUCAAGUUAAACGUCAUUCGGUGUAUUGUAAUAAAACAUUACUAAGAAAAUACGUAAUAUUUGAAUCAUAAGACUCUGAGUUAGUCUUUUUCUAGUUUUCAUUACAAUUUGUGUACUUAUAUUACUGUUAUAUUCAUUUUGGAUGCAUUUAAAUGGUAGGUUAAGAGAAAAUGUUAUGUCAUGAUUAUAUCUUUAACGACCGGUCUGGCCUAGUGAGGGCAUUUAUUUGUGUGAUAAGCACAGAUAUUUAUUCCGAAGUCAUGGGUGUUUUCUAUGUUAUUUCUAUAUAUCGUUGUCAGAGUGGCAGAUUUUCUCCUUAUUCGCCACAAGUGUGAUGAAAAACCUUGUGUGUACUACGGACGGUACAGGAAUUACGACCUUGUGUUAAUGAAGCCCUCGCCUUUGGCUUCGAACUUCAAUUCACACUCUUUCGCUAAUUCUUGUUCACCGCCCUUAAUACACAAUGUACUAUUGCAUGCCUAUCAGGUGGUUAAUACUUCAAUUUUAUGCCUUCUAUUUUUCCCCAUGACUGUAGGUAAUAAAAUAAUAUAUAUAAGGUAAAAGCUCCAUAAAAUAUUGUUCUAAUUACAUGUACCAAUACAUAUAAUUACUACGUAUGGCGUCACUAAAUAGUUUUGCCGUUUAAUCAUAAUUCUUGUGUACAUUAUUUGAUGAUUUAAAAUGUAUUAAUAUUCCAUCGGCAUACUUACCUACUUAGUAAACGCCCCUAUGAUGGGAUUGGCACCAGUAAUGGGAUGGUAUAAACAAAUCUUGUAAAACAAGUAUUACCAGUUUCUAAGCACUGGCAACAUUUUACCAUAAACAACAACAAAACUACUCCAAAUUUUCUCUUAAAUGUCCCAUGAUUGGCGUCGUUAACAUUAUACGCAAAACAGGCAUAAAGAAACUAAUGUAAAAACUAUAAUAAUAACAUAUUGAGAUUAUCUGAUUCUUUCGUCCAUUAAAAGUCAUCCAAAAUGAAUACCUACUUCAGAACUACUAAAUUAUCGGAGACCUCACACAAGAUAGGUCUAUCAUUUAUAGUUUUAUACGUUUAUAAUAAUAGCGACUUAAUCAAAGUGUCACUUUGAACUCUGUAUAUCCCAAUAGUCUAACAAAACCAUAACAACAUAUUACGUUGAAAAUUAAAACUAUUUUUGAGUGACUAUGAUAACCGCGCCAGUAAUCGACAUGCUUAUGCCCAAUAGUGGACACCCUGUUGUGGUUAACGACCCAGGGUGUCCACUAUUGGGCAUUAACUAACCGCGUAAGUUUAAAGACGCCAUGGACAGCGGAGCACUCGAAUAAAAAAAAACUCUGAUUUUCAUAGCACUGAUUUAUGGAAUAUAUUUCUUGAAAUAAAUCAUCAUGUGUGUGACAGUUAUUUGAUUAUAUUGAAUUAAGUCGUUUUUAUUGUAAACGUGUUUUUUCUCAAUAUUUUAUACAAUAAUGGUUGUAUUGUUGUUUUGUUUAAGCUAGUUGUAAGUGUACGUGCAAUCUGAGGAGAGUGUAUUAUUUGAAAUUAAAAGAGAAAUAUAUGAUCUAUAUGAAUGUGAACUUA